GGAAAAUAGACCGUGUACCGAGACACAAUGGUGGUAUAAUUAUGGUCAACCACAUCCUUCCUUGCAUGUGACACAGUUUUAGGCCUAAGUCAGGCUGAGAGAAGCUACUGCACACACUGCACUGCACUGUAGCCCUCACUGAGUGAAUGCCCCAGGCAACGCACGACAUGAUGAGAGCUGCUCUCCUUCCUGCACUGUUGCUAGCUGCCCUGCUUUAUCCAGUGGCCAUGGCAACUCCGUACACCUGUCAACACAACAUCACGCUCAACUGUAGCCCUAACUGCAAUGGAUUCUCCGAAGCAUUGGGAAAAGUUAAAGCACAUGACAUUAAAGAGUCUGUUUGUGUUAAACUAUCAAAUGGUACAUUCUAUCUGAACUCUCUCGUCAAUGCAACGCUAUCACAUGUUCGCAACCUGACCAUUAUUGGAGGAGGAAGUUCUGUAGUGGAGUGCAACCGCACUGGGCUUACUUUUCUCAACUCAACCGGAAUUUAUCUUGAAAAUGUAUCAUUUAAGUUUUGUGGGGCUCUUCAUAACAGCACUAGCAGAAAUAUCAGUGCUUCUGGCUUAUCGUACGUGGAGAUUUACACGGCUUUGUAUUUCAUGUUCUGUUCCGAUAUUACCAUGGUGAAUGUGAAUGUGUUUUACUCGGAUAGUUCCGGAGUUGUAUUGUAUAACAAUGGAGGCAAUAACAAGUUCCACAGCUGUGCGUUUCAUACCAGCUUGCACAAAGGUCCAGGUGGCUCAGGAGUGAGUAUAGACUUCAGUUAUUGUGUCCCUGGGGACCUGGAGUGUAGUAUGACUAGUAGCACCAUUUAUGCUAACAAUGGUUCUACACACACUUUUGAGAAUUGUAAGUUUCAUGACAACAAUGCCGUCUCAGACUUGAAGCAGAAUGUAGUGUACCCUCACGGUACAGACCACAUGGUUCUCGGAAAGGGAGGAGGUGCGUCCGCUAGUUUUGGGGGACAUUCUAACGGAAAUACGAUAACUUUUGAAGAGUGCAAUUUUGAGUUAAAUCAAGCCAACGUUGGUGGUGGUUUGUACAUUUUGUUCAGUGAUGUUAGCGUUAAUAAUACAUUGGAGGUUAUGAACUCUAGUUUCUCGUCAAAUUCCAUGAACUGUGACUACGAACAGCAAUCCAAAUGGACUGCUUCUGGUGGAGGGGUCAAAAUUGAAUUCAUUUAUUACCCCCCAGACUCCAAACUAUGGCCUGGAUAUAUCUCAAAAGUUGAGGAUAAUACAGUUAAAUUUAGUGGAUCUACAUUCUAUUACAACUAUGUUUGUUAUGGUGGCGCUGUUUCCAUGGUAACAUCUCGUAGUCGAUCGGGAACUAACACAAAUUCUUUGAUAUUCGAUACUUGUAAUUUUUUACUUAACACAGCCCAACUAUCAUCUGCAGUAGACCUUUCCCUCCACUAUCCUGAUGAGCAUGGCGGAUUGCCUGUACAACCUGUGUUUGCAGACUGUACAUUUGACUCUAAUCACAUCACUAUUGGCAACAUCAACCACUACCCUCUAGGCAUGGGAGCAUUGUAUUCAGAUCGAAUACCAUUCAAUCUAACAGGCCAUAACACCUUUGUUAGGAAUGAUGGCACUGCAAUGGUUGUAUUGUCUACUUAUGUGGUUGCUAUGCAGAACUCAACCACGGAUUUCGUUGGUAACCACGGUAGAUUAGGAGGGGCUAUUGCGCUCUAUGGUAAUGCUUGGAUUGUGUCUCACAUUGGAUCAAGUUUCAAUUUCAGUGACAAUUCCGUCAAGCCUGGUGGUCUGGGUGGGGCCAUAUAUGCGGUACAGUUCGGAGGUCAUGAUAAUAUUAACCAAAACUGUUUCUUCCAAUACUACAAACCGACUGUACCUCCUAGCAAAUGGAGUACAAGCUUUGUCUUCACGAAUAAUACGGCUAAUGGAACGUCCAACUCUAUAUACACGACGUCUGUUCAACCAUGCAAGUGGCCUAGCAACAACUCCACCACUAGUAACUUCCACCACACAGAUGAUGUUUUUUGUGCGGGUCAUCCGUCGAAGUUUGUCAACUCCAACUGCCAGCAAGAGAUAUCUACUGCCUCUAGUACCCUCAUUGUACCCCCCAAUACACAGUUUUUCUUUGCCGUACCUGGUUGGCCCACCCCCCUCAAUGUUACAGCUGUGGACGAUUACGAAAAGACCAUACAGACGGUCCUCGUGGCCUUCCCUAGUGAUAAGGAUGUUGGUCAUAUCGGUGUGAAUCAAUCCACUGAGUAUAUCUCGAAUAAAGAGAUUGUGCUGUAUGGAAAGAAAAAUGUACCAUCGUUACUAAAGUUACGAACCCUUGACCCCCGAGUGAUUGCUAGUCAGCUAGGUGUUGAGAUUCUGGCCUGCCCCCCUGGUUUCAUUAGCGUACAAUGUGUAGACAACCCAGAGAUGGUAUGUGAUUGUGUGUGUCCAGCGAGCAGCAAUGCACUUAAUUGUUCCCCUAGAAACAUUACUCUGUUUUUAUACCACUGUAUGACUUACCAGUACGAGGAGAACAAUAGGAGUGCUCCUAACAAGUCACUACCUCUCGUAUUAGGUAAGUGCCCAUUCAAUCUUAUCAACCCAAAUUUACCGCAGAAAGCUGAUGAAUUAGACGCCAUUGUUUGCGGUCCACUGAAAAGGACGGGGGUAUUGUGUAGUCAGUGCAUAGAGAACCACGGUGUGGCUAUCAAUGGCCGCUUCCAGUGUGUGCUUUGCAACCCAGCUUUAGGUUGGCUCUGGUUCCUACUCAUCAAGAUCCUCCCAAUAACAGCUCUCUUUCUGCUAGUAGCCAUUUUCAACUUCAAAGCAACAUCUCCUGCAAUAAACGGCUUUGUUUUCUUUGCUCAGAUUGUGUCCACCAAUCACUAUAACAACCCCUUCCCAUUCGCCUUCGGGAUAAUAAGUGCGAAAAUUCAUGAUAUUCCUAUUGUUUCCGAUGUGUUAAUAGCACUUGUGCAAACUCCAUAUGCAAUUCUGAACUUGGAAUUUUUUGAGAGAGUUUUCCCUCCAGUUUGCGUUGGCAACGUCAGUACGUUAGUGGUCCUUGCCCUGAGAUAUGUGAUGGCACUCUACCCGUUGCUACUCAUAUUCGUUUGCUAUGGUUGCAUCAAGUUGUACGACAAUAACGUUCGAGUUGUGCGGAUUGUGUGGAAACCUUUCAAACACUGCAUCGAUAAAUUUCAAAAGAGAACGCAAACAAAUACAUCGAUAAUCGAUGCCAUAGCAACGUUUCUCCUGUUUUCCUAUACCACUUUUGUCCAUGUCUCAUUCCCAAUACUGAAUUCGAAUAUGGUGACCAUAAAGGAUGCCAGUAACUCUAACCACACACCCAUACAUGACCAGCGAAAGUUUUACUACGAUGCUUCGCUCGAUGCUUUUGGUCAAGCCUAUUUGUUAAUUUUCACCAUGGUGAUUGUCAUAAUUGGGAUCUUUGUAGUGGUACCGCCGCUAUUCUUCCUCCUCUACCCCCUCAAGAUCAUGCAGCGUUGUAUAAGUCGGCUGCCAAAGAAUAUUGCCAUUAAGACAUUUGCCGAAAGCUUCAAUGAAUGUUAUCGUAAUGGUACAGAGAGAAGAGGUGGAUGGGAUUUUCGAUAUUUCGCUGGUCUGUAUUUUUUGUUUCGCAUAGCAAUGUUGAUUGUCAUGGUGAGUGAUCUAAAAUGGGCGGAUCAGUACUUUAUACAGCAAGUGCUGCUGUUGCUAGGUAUGAUGCUGUUUGCCGUUGCUAGGCCAUAUAAGGAAGACCGCUACAAUCAUCUGGACACUCUAAUGUUUGCAUUAUUGUCUUUAUUGAACGCUUGCAGUUUCUACAAUAGUCAAAUAAUAAAUUCGACUACAACAAUAUCUCUGCCAGUCUUCAUCAUCAACUACAGCCUGCUCUUUAUCCCACUAAUCUAUGUUAUUAUCUACGCUGGUUGGUACUUCAUGCUCUCACUCAACUGUUGCAGUAGACGAUUUAAAAAUGAAUCAUGGAACUCAGAGAGUAUUAUCAUUAUAUCGGAUACAAGCAGUAACCAAGGUGACGAAGAACCAAUGUCAUUCGUCUACGAGGAUUCAAACAGAGAGCAAACCGACGAGUUUCCAGAUCGAGUAGUAAAUCCUCAGAACUAUCGGAAAAAGUACAAGAGUAGAGCUCCGAAGAUAACGGUUACCAAAGCAACUGGCGAUAGGGAGAGUGGGCGUGAACGUCAAGGCAAUACCGAGAACUCAUAUUUUUUGGAUAGAUCUCGCCAUAGUUACGGCUCAGUAGAGCGGAGUCAAACUGAUCCACAAGAAAUUAGAAAACUAGUUUAGAAUUAUUAUUAUUGAUUGCCUGCACACACUUAUAAUAAUUAUGCUGUUCUUCAUAACAAUAAUAAUAAUAAUAUUAUUAUAUUUUUGUAAACUUAUCUUUUACUAUUAAGAGUUGGUUUUAUCAAUGUUACAACAUUUGAA